AUGGAUAAAAUGUCGAAACCAGUCUUUCUAAAAGACAGUGAGUUGCCCAAAGACAGUAGUAAAAGAAUUACAAAUUUUGAUUUAUUAGAUGCUAUAACUGUUGCUGUCGGGGACACGGUCAAAUGCGUCCAGCUUGACCGUGACCUCUGGCGAAUCUAUCUGGACGAGAAACAAAGCAGAGAUAAACUCAUUAUUGAAGGAUUUGACUUAAACAAUCAGCACGUACGAGUAUACGACUCCAAUCCAUACUCAGCAGGCCUUACUGAUCCAGAAGAUCCGGUCCUUAAAGUAACUGUAUGCGGCGUUCCACUCUCUGUGGACGAUUCGGCCAUACAUGACAUGCUUACAAAAUUAGGAGUACAUCCUAAGAGCGAGAUCAAAUACGAAAAAAUUAGAAACCCUACAUCCAAUAAAAUGACCAAAGUAUUAAAUGGCAACAGAUUUCUGUAUAUAGAACCACUUGAACAAAACAAGGCCUUGCCUAGAUUCAGUUACUGCGCAGGUCUCAAAUGUAAGAUCUUCCAUCGCGGACAAAAUGUCGAAAAACCACCUAGUACCUGUACCAACUGCUGGGAAACUGGGCACUCUUUCAGGCUAUGCCAGAAUAUUCCGCGUUGUUCCGCUUGUAAGGAAACUGGACACAAGCCCGGCUCCAAUCUAUGUCCGCAAUACAUCGAAGAUAACUCUAAUGAAGUUGAAGCUUUUGAUGGUAAAGAAAAUGUGCUUUCAAAUUUCUUCCCAUGUGAGCUUAUGGUCUUUGGCGAAUCUUUUGAAUCAGCUGAACAAGCUUUUCAGCUUACGAAGGCUGUUCGAGCGGGAGACCUUUUGGCGGCGGAGAGGAUUCGAGCAGCGAAAUCUGCGUUGGAAUGUAAACAAAUCGGAAACUCCGUCCUACCAUCCACUUCCUGGCAUCAGGACGCGCCUAAGGUUAUGGAAGAAAUUGUGAUAGAAAAAGUGAAACAAAUAUCUGAAAUGAAAAAGAAAAUUACGCAAGUGUUUACAGAUGAAAAAGUGUUUGCGCACUCAGUAUAUGACCAGUUUUGGGGAACUGGUCUAAACUCGACGCAAACCGUGCACACAAAUCCGAAAGCGUGGCCAGGGCAAAAUGUUAUGGGCAAGCUGCUGCAACGUGUUGCAGAAUCCUUUCAUGCAAGCUCACAGCGUACAAGUUCCCGGAACAGGAAAACCACAGUUAACAACGCCAGCAAAGCCAACCAGAAAGACCUGGAUGGGUAUGUUAAAAAAUCAAGUAAAUCCAGCAAAUAA